UCAGGUUCUCUAACUGUAUAAAUAAAGAAGCACUUGGCGGAAACUGUAUCACUUUGGUAGAGGCCGUCGUCGCAGCAAGAACGUUCCACCAGAAAAAAUGAAACUCCUUAUCCUGGCUGUUUGCAGUCUGGCUCUGGUAGCCGCCGAUGUCUCGCAUUUGUUCGGUCAUGAUCACCAUGAUCACCAUGAUCAUCCUGGCUACAACUAUGACCCGCCGAGCAUUCCCUUUGACCUGCCCACUCCGGCUCCAGCUUAUCUUCCCCCGGAACCUGUGACUGUUCGCGUGGUUCCUGUGACUCAGCCUCCAGCAGUUUACCUGCCUCCUGUGACCGUGAAGCCUGAGGUGCCAAUUGUCAGGACUCCCAAGCCUUCGUACUUGCCUCCUCCGCCUCCAGUUGUGAAGGUCAACCCACCGAAGCCUGCCUAUCUGCCUCCUCCACCACCGGUUGUGAAGGUCAACCCACCGAAGCCUGCCUAUUUGCCUCCUCCACCACCGGUUGUGAAGGUCAACCCACCGAAACCAGCUUACUUGCCACCUCCACCACCGGUUGUCAAGGUCAACCCACCCAAACCAGCCUAUCUGCCUCCUCCCACUCCAGUUGUGAAGGUCAACCCACCCAAGCCAGCCUAUCUGCCACCUGCACCCGUGGUGGAGCAACCCCGCUAUGUGGCUCCAGCUGUGGUGCCCACCUUCAAGAUCCCGAUUCCCUCGUAUGCUGCUCCUCUGGAGGAACCCGUGAACACCUAUCUGCCGCCCCAGGAGAUCCCAGUGCCGCACAGUGAUGAGGGCUACCACUACGAUCCCCCAGCACAGCCUUUCCUCUUCUAAACAGCACUCAUCCUUAGCCAUUUUUUAUUUGUUGUCUUUGAAUGUCACACGUAUUUACCUGUAGUUAUUUAUUGUUUACCACGCUCAGCCUGCACUAAAAAACGAAUAAAGCUUAGCACUGCGAAAACGUA